UCUACUUCUGUACAACCUUUCAACAUUUCAAUUCUGAGCCUCUAAGAACUGGUAAUGCUCAGACAACUAAGGAGUCACAGACAUCGACAUCACUACCAGAUGUCUACCCUACCCCUAGAUUAGGCGAUGAACCUAUAAUGAUGCAUGGUGUUUAUUGGGUUCACAAGCAAGGAGAAUAUCUCCCGUCUCGCAAUGAUAAUAAGACAUUUGGCCUGACCAAAGAGGAAUGUCUCUAUAGAUGUAUGAACUGGGUCGAGUUUCUUUGUAAAUCCAUUGAUUAUGUUGAAAGUAUGCAAGAAUGUAUCCUCAGUAAGAGUAACAGAGGAAUUGCAUCGACUGGUUCCAAUAGUGGAAUGGAUUAUUUUGAACGAGUUGAAUUACCAGACGAGACACCUAUAAAGAUGCAUGGUGUUCUUUGGGUUCACAAGCAAGGGGAAUAUCUUCCAUCCCUCAAUGAUGAUAAGACAUUUGGCCUGACCAUAGAGGAAUGUCUCUAUAGAUGUACGAACUGGGUCGAAUUUUUGUGUAAAUCUGUCGACUAUGUCGUAAGUUUGCAAGAAUGUAUCCUCAGUAAGAGCAACCGAGGAAUUACAUCCACUGGUUCCAAUAAUGGAAUGGAAUAUUUUGAACGAGUUGAACUACCAGUUCCUCCAAUAUGUCGAUACGACGAUUGCCUGAACGGUGGAACGUGUACAGCCCUUAGCAAUGGUCUCACAGAAUGUGACUGUGCCCAUGGUUUCUGGGGCAGAUACUGUGAACAAAGUACCUCGUACAAACCAUGUGCGAAGAAUCCUUGUCUAAAUGGAGGCUUGUGUAUUCCUGCCUCGGACGACAACUCUGGCUUUUCAUGUGAUUGCACCAAUAACUUCGAGGGCAAAAUUUGUGAAUUACCACCAGGUCGAUGUGAAUUCCAACUAGGGUGCGAAGGCAGCGAUAGGUCUAGAUGUCGCUAUAGGGCUGAAUUUUAUUGUAAUCCUGUAUAUACUGAAGUCAGCGUUCGCAUCACAGCAUCUCAGUCUCAGAACACGUGGAUUGGUAUUGGGUUCUCCAUGAGCAAACGCAUGCCUAACAGUGAUGUAAUUACUGGUUGGUUAGAUGGCGACAGGGGUGUUGUUCAAGACAGAUGGGCUCAGGGGUAUUCCCGACCCAAGCUAGACCGAACCAACAAUCUCAUCGACACUGCUGUCUUUACCAACGAAGAUGGAACGACGACGAUGCAAUUCAAGCGAGAACUGAACACAACGGACCCUGAGGACGUCGGGUUAGGCCCCGACUGCAUAUAUAUACUAUUUCCUGUUGGUGGUGGAUACAUCGGAGACAACUAUAAAAUCUCAAAACAUUUGCAGACUCCAAAUGUGACUGCUGAAAAAGUUUGCAUCACUACAUGUCCUGCGUUUAGUGGUAAAUGGAGCCCCACUGUUCCCGAGGCUACAACAAAAUCUCCUGGCUCUAUAGGGGAUAAAUGCCCAGUUAUAGAUGGGCCACCAUCGACCUGCGAAAGCCUAUGCUCAUCCCAUGAUGACUGCGAUUCUAGUCAUAGAUGCUGCUAUAAUGGUUGUGGAUAUGAGUGUUUCAGAAUUGAAGGUGAAGAGCCUGACUCCAAAGAAGAUAAAUGCCCAGCUAUUGAUGGCCCACCAUCCACUUGUGAACGACAGUGUGAAUCCCAAGGUGAUUGCCCAGCCGAACAUAUUUGCUGUUAUAAUGGAUGCAGUAAUGAGUGUAUGCGACCAGAACAAGAAGUUGAUGACAAGAAAGGGGAGUGCCCUCGUGUAUCUGAGACUCCCGAUACAUGUACGAAUGAAUGUAGUGUCAAUAGUGAGUGUCCAAGUGAGCUGUUAUGUUGCUCUAAUGGGUGUUCCUUGCAGUGCAUGCAGCCAGUCAUUGGGAGUACCAACGACACAGAUAUGUUCUUACGAGUUUCUGCUAAUCUGGUCAGUGGACACACAGGACAGGGAAUAGAUGGAGCACAUGUGUCCCUGUAUCAUAUCACGACUAUGUUUAAUGGAACUCUCAUAGCAACGGGGAUCACAGAUUCUCAAGGUUAUAUCUACAACCUUUCUGCCAAAGAAAAACUUGUCCCUAGCAAAACAUACGCCCUUCAUUUUAACACGGAAAAUGGAUUUGACGCGGUUCAAUUUCCAUUCAUUCAGGUCAACUUUGUAGUAAGAGAUGAAGAUGAAAAUUACCAUUUUACCAUUGUUGCUAGCAGUUUUUCCUACACUGUCCACCACGCCCCACCACCAAGCCGGGAAAUGCUUAGACACAUGCUAGAACAGCAGUAGCACCCAAACAUAUAUUUUAAACAUAAUGUUGCAAUGGAAAAAAUAUAUGAUGGGUGACAAUCAGUUCAACUACCAAUAAGAUAUUAAUCAAGAUAAAGGUUAACUAUGGCUUAGUUUAAAAAGGUCUAUGCGAGCUAAACAUGAUUAAUAAUUCGAUGCAAGUCUAGAGUAAUGCGGAGCAGGGACUGGGAAAAGAUAUACAGACUGACAGAGACAAGGGAAUUACAUGUAAAAAGGAAGUUGGUUUCCGAGAAAUAGAAUGUAGACAGAAGGCAUACUUAAUGAAUUCUUGAAAUAUUUCUCUGGAGGUUGUCUUUCAAAAGUAUCGGCCUGCAUGUCUAAUGAAUGGAGUGGUCUCAACGAAAAGCUGAUCAUACUCUUUACAUUCGUUUAACUGGAUAUACCUCGCACAAAAACGAUGACGAAGUUAAAAAUAAAGUGGAGCAGUUUCAAAUCCCAUUUUAAUUGUUUUGUAAAUGAUUAUCUUGAAAUAUCCUUUUUUCAAGAAGUUGUUCAUAUAGUGUAGAAGAAACUUUUGUUAUUUUUAAACUGAAAAAACAAGGUCCUCUUUUCAGAAAAUAAGUAACAAUUUCGGGUCCGAAUCCAUAGUUUUUCGUGUAAAACAAGAAAGACAGAUGUUUGCUUUGUACGUUUCGUUUUAUUUGGUACAAUGGAAUGAAAUAAAAUAGGAUAAAUUAUAAGUAGACAUACUAUUCUAUUUUUAACUAGAGCACGUCAUAUGGUUUCAUCAUAGAAGGGAUGGAUAGGAAAUAUUACAGGAAAAUAGACAGGAAACUGAUCUCAUCCAAUUUGUUUUCUUUUAAUCUAGUAGGUAGGCACGCAAAAUCCAAAUGACUCAACCAUAUGAAUGCUUAUUAAAUUUUCUUUGGAUUUUGCUUCAGUUGCUCUUUACUAAUCAUGUUUAUC